CGCCGUCGCCGUCGCCGUCGUCCCCGCCGCCUCCGACCUUUGCGAUAUGUACCAAGUAUAAGAAGCGAGCGCGAGGUGUAGCGCUCAGUAGCCGCUAUCGCCUUCGCCUUCGCCCCUAAGCGCAGCCCAGCAACCACCACCGCCGCCAGCGGACCACAGCGAGGGAAGCGCGACACCCGGGGACCACCACACACACACACAACAGGCGAUGGCGCUGAUGACGACGCUGCCCUCGGGCACCGUCAUCGGGCUGGACGUGAGUCCGCUGAGCGCGGAGCGCGUCGCCCAGGCCGAGAAGGAGCUGCGCGAGACGCCCGACAACGUCAAGGAGGCCCUGGAAAAGCUGCGCGAGAUGCUCAAGGCUAACCCGGGGCUCAAAUUUCGGGAUGACGACGAGUUCCUCAUCCGAUUCCUGCGCCCCACGAAGUUCUACCCGGAGAGCGCCUACAGCCUGAUGCAGCGAGUGGCGGACUUCAAGGACAAGAACGACUGGCUGCUGGGCGGGCUGCGCGCGGAGACCGAAAAGGUGGUCCUCACGGAGCACAACGUGGUCAACGUGAUGGCGGGCCGCGACCAGAAGGGCCGCCGCGUCCUCUUCGUCAACGUCGGAGGAACCUGGGACACCAAGUCCGUGACGUCCGACCAGAUCUUCCGGCUGUUCUACCUCAUCCACCAGGGCGCCAUGCAGGAACCGGAGACGCAGGUGGCCGGCGUAGUGGUGGUGAUGGACUUCCUCGACCUCUCCAUGAAGCAAGUGACGGCGUUCACGCCCGCCUUCUCCAUGCGGCUGCUCACCUUCAUCCAGGACGCGAUGCCCUUGCGUCUGAAGGAGGUGCACAUCGUGAACCAGCCCUUCCUCUUCAACAUGGUGUUCGCCAUGUUCAAGCCCUUCAUUCGUGAGAAGCUCAAGAGCAGGAUGUUCUUUCACGGCAAGAAGAUGGAAUCGCUGCACAAACACCUGGAUCCCGCUUUCCUGCCCAAGGAGUACAAUGGCCAGCUGCCGGCCAUGGACUACACCUCCAAGGACUGGUAUCCGAUCCUCCACGCGCUUGACGACAAAAUCGUUGAUUUCUGUAUUAACAUUUAUUUUAUAUCUGCCCUGCUUACUGAUUUGGAAAGCUCCAUGAUGAAAGAAAGAAAGAAAAAAAGUUUAAUGAACUUU